UUUAUUUUUAGGUUAUGUUAUUAUUUUGAUUUGUUUAAAAUAAUUACGAAAGUAAUGCGAACUAAUUAUAAUUUUAAAUUAACUAUAAACAUAUAUCUGCACACAGUACUACCUCAGUAAUAUUUAGGAAAAAUAUAAAAAGGAAAAAACAUGCCGCGAGUGAAAAUUGACUAUGUCGUGAGUUUCAGUAGUGAAGAUCCGGACAACCAGGCUUCAAACCUACUCAGCUGGGAAGUAGACAAGAAGAGAUGGCUGUGUGGCAAAUGGGAAUCUUCAUGUUCUGUAGUGCUGCAGCUUGUUCGAGCUGUUCAGAUAUCAGCAAUACACAUAGGGGCACAUCAUGCAGCAUUAGUGGAAGUCUUGGUCGGUAGAUCUGAGACGCCCAACGAACCAUUCCAAGUGUUGGUGCCGAGCUGCGUGUUCCUAUCGCCCGCUGAGUCCCGGCGGGAUCCCGGCGCCGGCCGCGUGCGGAGCUUCACAGCCGACCACCUCGCGGCCGCCGCCGCCCAGCGCUGGGACCGCGUGCGGGUCGUCUGCUCGCAGCCCUACAACAAGCACUGCAAGUACGGGCUGACGUUCGUGCACGUGUACGAGCCGGAGGGUGCCCCCGCCGCCCCCUCCCCCGCCGCCCCCUCCGCCCCCGCCGCCCCCGCGAGCCCCUCCUCCUCCUCUGAAGACGAGUACCGCCCCGGGCAGCUGUUCGCGGCCUCCUCGCAGCCCAACACCGACACAGGUGCACAAAUAAGAAAAGCUACCUCACAAAUAUUAAAAAAUAUAUCAGAUUCCUCAAAGAUAGUGAAGUCACCUAUAAUUAAGAAUAGUUCUAAAAAACAAAAUGCCGCCAAUGACUCACCUGGCGCCAGUCGAGACAGAGACAUUCUCAUGUACACCGAUGAAGACAAACCGCACACUAAAAUAGACCAAGUUGUAGAACGACACCGACAUGAAAAGAAAGAAAAAGAUGCAAGUAAACCUAAUGUUAGAGAUAGUGGAGAAAGUUCAACCAAAACUAAUUUGAGAGAUGGUGACAAGAAACAUAAUAAGAAUGAUAGUGAUGCAAAUGAAAAUAGUAAAAGAAAUAUACAGGAUGCGCAUCGCAGUAAAGAGAAAGAGUCUAGUCACAGUAAACGUGAGACGAAGAAAAGAAAACAUGACGAUGAUGAAUCUAAUACAACGACACAUCAUAAGACAGGUAGAGAUAAUUCAUCUGCUAAGAGAAGAGAAACAGAUGCCUCUGAUAAACACAGACCGUCGACUAAAGAUAACAAUGCGGGCGCGCCGCUGGCGGGGGCGGGCGUGGUGUUCAGCGGAUACGUGCAUCCGCGGCGCGGACUACUGCAGCGAGCCGCCGCCGCCCUCGGGGCCCGGGUGCUGCCCGCCUGGGGGCCCGCCGCCACCCACCUCGUGUGCGCGUUCCCGGACACGCCCAAGCUGCGCGAGGUGCGGGCGCAGGGGGCGCGGGGGGCGCGCGCCCCGGCGGCGACGGGCGAGUGGUUGGAGGCGAUGUCCCGCGCGGGCCGCGCGCUGCCGUGGCGCUGGUUCGCGUCGGAGCCGCACAGGCGCCGCGCGCCGCCGCCGCCCGGGGACGCCGCCUGGCUGCCGGCAGCGCCGCCCGCCGCCACACCAGAUGACGAUGACACUGACGACGAAAUUGAGAGGGUGCUGCAACAGAAGAAAGCUCAGAAAAGUAAAUCCAAUAGCCCCCGCACCUCCCCUACGGCCACUUCUGAGGAGGGCGGGGAGACGGAGGAGGAGCAGGGGGCGGACAGUGACGCACGUGGCCCGGCUCGCCCCCCGCGGCGGGGGAGGCGGGGGAGGCGGGGGCGGGGGCGGCCCCGCGCGGCGCGCUGCCCAACUUCUUCGACGGGUUCACGUUCGCGUUCGCGGACGACAUACAUACAAGCGUACGGCGGAGUCAUUGUGGAGAUGUCGCACAUGGAAUCGGAGAGCGACGUGGACUACGUGGUGUGCGGCGGUGCGGGGGGCGGGGGGGUGCAGGGGGGCGGGGGUGGGGCGCUGGAGGGGGGCGGGGGGCGACGGGUCCGGGCCGACUGGGUGUGGCGCUGCCACCACGCGCAAACACUACUCGGGUAG